ACUUCUACUACCGGGUUGUUUAAAAUAUAGAACAAUACCUACGCCGUUUGUUCUUCUGUUUUAUUGGCCACCGUUUUGAUUGAAGACUAUAAUAGUAUUAUAACAUCAUUAUAGGCCUUUCCACUCAACGUUGGACUUUUGGGCACGGAUUACUAUUGUAUAAUACUAUUGGACUCCGUCUUCCUCAUUAUGUCUUUGGUGCAGUCACUUGCAGAGGAACACCUGUCAACCAAGUGAACUCAGUUUGUGGUCGUUGUCCUCACGAGGCAGUUAACAAGUAACAUUCAUUCUAUAGUAACUGUUAGCGUCUGUUUUGUUUAAUAUACCUUUUGUAUUGCUAACGGUAUUUCAUUACCUUUGUUUUUACUAACGGACAGACCUCUAGGUUUCUUAAUCAUUAAUCCGUUUUGGUAUAUCAGUGUUAACCUAGUGUAUCAAUAUAUUUUGUGUAAGCUCCUUUUGUUUGGGGACCACCACAAAUUUGGUGAGCCCGUAAAAUUUUUUCUCUCUCUCAACUACUUUUGAGUUCACUUACAGACAUUAUGGCGUUAUUUUACCCUUGGUAGUAUUUAAAUUUUCUUAUAUUCGUAAUGUACUCAUCCGAAACUGAAGGCAUUAGCCAGGAUAACAUUUCAGCGGAGCUACAUGCUCUAAAUUUGAUAAAUGUGCCCCCAUUCAGCCGAUUAAAUCCUCGCAUUUGGUUUGCGCAAGUAGAAGUACAAUUUCAGCGUCGCAACAUACGCUCACAGGCAUCUAAAUACUCUUUUGUGCUUGGAUUACUACCCACUGAAGUUGCAUCUGAGGUGUCAGAUUUGAUAGAUAAUAUUCCUGCACCGAAUCCAUAUGAUCAAUUGAAGCAGGCAAUUAUUCAACGUACCUCAUUAUCUGAUGAAAAGAGAUUACAGCAAUUACUGCACCAUUGUGAGCUAGGCGACAAACCACCGUCUCAAUUAUUACGACACAUGAGACAAUUAGCUGGCCCAUAUAAAUUUGAUGACGCCUUCCUCAAGGAGAUUUGGCUACAACGUUUGCCAACAGUAGUUAGGCAAAUUCUUUGUGCCUCUAGCCAAACAUCAGAUUUAGAGAGUCUUGCUAACAUGGCCGAUAAAAUUUUAGAAGUUACACCCGGUACAACACCUUACGUACAGGCAAUAUCAGAAACUUCGAACGAUAAGCAAACUCCCACCAUAGCAUCGUUAACUGCUGAACUAGGCGAACUACGAGCACAACAUGAACGAACUGUCGCUAGUCUUGAAAAUAAACUGGAUGCACUACAAUUAUUAAUCUCCAGUUUCACAUCUACAAGACCUCGUUCUUGUUCUCGAGGGAGUAAAAAUCGAAAUAACUCAAAAGGAAACAAAAACGACGACAACAUAUGUUGGUACCAUAAAAAAUAUGGUGACAAAGCUAGGAAAUGUGUUACGUCUUGUAAAUUUUUCAAGUCAUUUUCCUCACCAAAACGUGUCAACCAAACCAUGGUAGCGACAAAUGUUUCUGGUCGUGCGCCUACUCGUCUUUUCCACGUUCUUGUUAAAACUUCAGGGUACAAAUUCUUAGUAGAUACUGGAGCUGAAGUUAGUGUCAUCCCAGUUACCUUAGCCAAUAAACCUAUUGCUAAGAGUGGAAAAUAUACCCUAAGGGCAGCUAAUAAAACCGAAAUAAAGACAUUUGGCGAACAAUUUCUAACAUUAGACUUGGGAAUUAGACGUAAUUUAACCUGGGUGUUUAUUAUUGCGGAUGUCCGUCACCCUAUACUAGGUGCAGAUUUUCUAAGUUUCUACAACCUACUAGUUGACGUUAAGAGAAGAAAACUUAUUGAUUCCUGCACGAACCUUCAAAUCCAGGGAAUUCAGUCGGACUACCACAUACAUAGUAUUAAAAUUGACACCCCAGGGAACGACAUAUUCGCCACCAUUCUAUCUAAAUUUCCCAAAAUAACGAAACCAGACUACAGUGAAAACACUGUCCAACAUUCUGUAGUACACCGGAUCAUCACAAAAGGUCAACCAACUUCGGCACGUCCACGCCGAUUACCACCAGACAAACUGAAUGUUGCAAAAGCUGAGUUUGAUCAUAUGAUGCAGCUAGGUAUGAUACGUCCGUCAAGUAGCCCCUGGGCAUCCCCACUCCACAUGGUGCCCAAGCGAGACAAAGAUUGGCGACCCUGUGGUGAUUAUAGAUCAUUGAACAACCUGACAUUACCGGAUCACUACCCAAUCCCUCAUUUACAUGAUUUUUCUCUCACUUUGCAUGUGUAGUGUCAGUUAUUAUGCCAAGCCCAUAUACCUUAUUUUAGCUUUCGGACAUCCCAUUCUAUUCAUUUUACUUGAGCCAUAUUUUGACCUUGUCAUUUAUUCGCUUGUCAGUCUUGACUGUUUUUAUAUGAGCGUAUAUGUGUGUGCCCGUCUUAUCCUAUUGAUCACAUGUCUGUAGCUUAAUUUUGUCUGACUAUAAAUAUUGAGUAACGCUCGACUAAAAUGGAGUUGGCUUCCCAGCCAUCCUCCCUGUGCGUCGUUUUGCUUGGCUCUGUUUCAUUCACUUCAUAUACAAAUAUAUGUAUUCACAA